GAGAACGUGACCUUGGUGCACAGUGACUUUGGGCCGGACUUCGAGAUGCAGGAUCCGCCGCAUAAGUCGUGGCUCAGGGCAUUCGACGAGUCGGCCGCAGUCUCGGACCUCAAGAAGUAUGGGAAGCACACGUGCCUAGUGAAUGCUGCUUGGCUGGAUCAUGAUUACAGCCCGUGCCCUUCAAUUCCUUUGGUUUGGAAGACGGUGGAGAAUAUGAUCGAGCACUACUUUGCGCAGCCCAACAACCUCUCAGACCAGAAGAUCGAAGUGGUGGUCCUCAGCAGUGACUUGGCACACAACAAGUUCCCAACCAAGGGGUCGUGGAAGUUCGCGAGCGCGGAGGAGCCAGUCAUGGCAAUGUAUGCGGCGAUUGCGUCCACCAUCCAGGCCCGCAGAGACGGGGAGGGCGUGAAGACGAACGAGGAGCUGCAGAAGAUGGAUGACCAACUUUGCAUUUGGAAGGAGAAGCUUCUGGAGACACAGGUGGACAUCAAGGUGAUGGACAACGAGAUCCAGCUGCAGUGGGCCGCACAGCAGUACCGGGAGAACAUCAAUCAGAGAACCUACUUGACGAGAACAUCUGUGCAGCGCAUCUUCGACUUGCAGGCCAAGAGCACACUGUUGGGCCCUCACGCCUCCAAUGAGGACUUGGCACUCCUGUACAAUGAGAAUUUGAAGCUCUCCUCGAAGAGUGAGCCCAUCAGCGACAAUUGCAUCGAUCAGGGCUUGCUGGUUUACAAGAAAGCCCUGGUCUUUCCAGAGAUCUUGCAAGUGAUUUUGAAGGAAGAAGAGUACCACACUUCCUCGCUCUUCGACGGCGUUUCAAAGUUGUGGGCCAUCUGCAACAAGACGAGCACAAGAGAGGAAGCCAUCUGGGUCUUUUCUUUCAUCCACCAUUGCCGCUGCAACGGGGACAUGCCCGACAAAAGCUGCACCAGCUUCUGGCUUUUGGCCGGCACCGCGAAGGUCAGGGCAAAGAUCAGAUCUGCCUGCGCCGACUGCCAGGCCUACCGGGAGCAUGUGGGAGUGGGCCAGGAGUCCGUGGAUCUUGGUUGGAAGUCUGGAUGGAGUGGAGCAGCAGACUCGGUGCUACUCUUUCUGGGGGAAGCGAUCUUCAGCGCGAAGUAUCAUGACAGCAUGCGCACAAGCAUGAGACAAGCAAAAUCAGUUGAAGAUUGCUUGGAGUCGGACAGCAAGCUCGGGGAAGCAGUCAAGGAAGUCAAAGAGCAGCUGCAGAAUGAGAGGUUGGCUUCAGCCGAGACCGCCCCAUCAGCCGGUGACCCGACUUCGGCCGUUGCAACAGAUGUGCCCAUGCAGGAGACCUUGGAGAUGCAGUCCCCAGCACUGCAGGAGUUUGUGAAGAGCCGGGGCAUGCAGAACGUGGACGUGGACAAGCUCAAAAAGUUGCAGAUGUUCAUUUGA